CUUGUUGUCAUAAGUUAGCGAGAACCUCCCGGACGACCUGACUGCAGAUCCCCUAAUGCCAGGCGCCUCCUCUAACCACUACCGGCUUCUGCGGUCUGCCAGGCUUGAAAAAAAUAUAUAACAGGCAUCGUUGUUUCCGACGCUGGGAGUUUGGAUGUGGCUCCCGUGGAGAGACGCUGCACUGAGAGGCGCCAGUUGUUAGAAGAUGGCAGACUCUGCAAACACAAUCGUAAACACCAGUGUGAGACAGAAAGACCCAAAUGAAGCGCUGGUUAUUGCUGUAACAACAAGGGCAAUUUUCAACCUGGAAAAGGAACAUGAGAUUUUCUUGGCAAAAGGCAAGGAUGAAUAUGUGAAACAUCAGCAAGACAAUGAGAAUAUCUCCUUGGAGCCAGGGACAGCCUUUGCUUUUGUUCAGGCAGUGCAGUCUGUGAACGAGAAACUCCUUGAAAGAAACCCAGAGGAGAAGGGGCUCUUUGAUGUUAUUGUUCUGUCUAAUAACAGUCCAGAGAGUGGUAUGCGCAUCAUCAACAGUGCUAAACAGCAUGGUUUGGAAAUCUCCAAGUUUUGCUUCGUCAGCGAAGAAGACUCUACCCAGUACUUGAAAACCCACAAUGUCAAACUGUUUCUCUCUGCUGAUCGGACAGAUGUAUGCAAAGCACUUCAGAGAGGAGUUUCAGCAGCACUCAUCUUCCAGCAGGAGAUACAAGCUCCUAGCACUCAGCUGCGUGUGGUCUUUGAUGGUGAUGCAGUACUCUUUUCCGAUGAGACGGACCGCAUCUUUCGCGAGAAGGGGCUGGAGGAGGCUGUUCAGUAUGAGAAGAUUAUGGAAGCUGUGCCCAUGGGAGAUGGCCCAUUGAAAGCCUUUGCUUUGCAUCUUGGGAAGAUGCGCAAGAAGUUUGGUCAAGAGGAAUCCUCCAUCCGCACCUACUUGGUAACUGCCCGCAGCGGCCGUGACAUGGGCAUUCGGGCCAUCAAAACUCUUCGAGAGUGGGGCCUGGCAAUUGACGAAGCCUUCUUCAUGGAUGGAGCUCCCAAAGGUCCCAUCUUGUCCAAGAUCCAGCCCCAUAUCUUCUUUGAUGACGGUCUUCACAAUAUCCAGGGUGCCAAGGAUGCUGGCAUACCCUCCGCCCUGGUCCCCUGCGAUUGCUGAAAGAGGCUUUAAUUAUGCAGCCCUAGAAUUGACUGAGCAUCGUCUGGGCAAAGGCUGUCAGGACAGGGUGGACUUCUGAAUCCACACUGUAGGACCAAGAGGGAAAAACUGGAUAUGGCGUUGGAGAUAUUGCUGUGAUAUACUUGGAAUACAUCAAAUUAUACGCUCCAUAAGUAGCAGCAGCAAGCUUAAAAUGCAAAAAAGGGGAGGAAAGAAAAAGUGCCUCCUGUAACCAACUGACUCACGUCUCCUCUGCCUUACCAUUUGAGUCUUCAUGUCCUGUUCUUCCAGGGCUCUUUUUGUAGGAGG